UGGCGCUCCCUGCCUCUUCCACGCCCAUCGCUGCUGUCAGCGGCUCCAGCAAAGUUGACCUCAAACUUGAACUGAGCGGAAGGCUCGCGGGUUCCCUGAGCUCCGUGGGGGCAGCAGGCGAGGUGCAGCAGCACUGAAGUCAGCUGGCCCGGGAGUGUCCACCUCGCUGCCCCCCAGCCGGCCCUCCACCCCCAGGGGAGAGACCGCUGCCCUCUGUGCUGGGCACUCUUCUGGUCUGGCCCGAGGAAUGGUGUGCUGAGGGCCCCUCGGAGCCCCUCAUCCCAGCCUGGAGUUGGAGCAGCCCAAGGUCCAGCCCGGCAUGGCCGAUCCCGGGCAGCCUCAGUUUCCUCCUGAGCAGGAGCCGGCCCCCGCCGUGUCUCCCCUGGACCUACCGGAGAUGGAGAAGCUCCUCACGAAGGUGGAGCUCCAGGAUGACAAGCCUCUGAAGUUGUCCAAGUCCCUCUCGGGGACGCUGGACCUCGAGAACGGCCAUGGGCUGCCCUUCAAGGCGGUCCCCGAGAGCCACCAGGAUGCCCCGCUGUCCCGCUCCUUAUCCCGCUCACUGUCCCGGGUCAGCUCGCGGCGGGCAUCCUCCUUGGCCUCUGCCUCUGAUGCUGAGGACAGAGAAGUUCCGAAAGAUUACCUCAUCCUGGCCAUCGCCUCCUGCUUCUGCCCCGUUUGGCCCCUCAAUCUCAUCCCCCUCAUCUUUUCCAUCAUGUCACGAGGCAGCGUGCAGCAGGGGGACCUGGACGGGGCCCGGAGACUGGGCCGCCUGGCUCGGCUGCUGAGCAUCACCUUCAUCGUCAUGGGGAUCGUCAUCAUCAUCGUGGCGGUGACUGUCAACCUGACAGUUCACAAGAAAUAA